AUCAGUUUCAAUCCACAGAACCAAGCAUACACACCACAGUUCAAAAAUAAAACACCGACAAAAUGGCAGCUAAGAUGAUCAUUUUCGCAGCCUGCGUGGCCGCCGCACUCGCCGACUACUCCGCCCCGGCUUACCCAGCACACCACGCUUACGCCGCUGAACACUCAGCCCCGACCCCAUACAACUUCGAGUACAGCGUAAGCGACCCACACACUUAUGACGUCAAGAGCCAAUCCGAACACAGCGACGGACACGGAAACGUCAAGGGAUCGUACAGCCUUUUGGAAGCCGACGGUUCCACCCGUGUCGUCGAAUACACCGCCGAUGACCACAGCGGAUUCAACGCUGAAGUCAAGAAAAUUGAAGGACACGGACACGGUUACAGCGCACCCGCUUACAAAGCCGCCCCGGCUUACAAAUCCGCACCGGCUGCAUACGCCGGUCACUCUUACGCCGCCCCAGCUCACUCUUACGCUGCCCCUGCUGCAUACGCUGCACACUCUUACGCCGCCCCGGCUGCAUACGCUGGACACUCAUACGCCGCCCCAGCUGCAUACGCUGCACACUCUUACGCUGCCCCGGCUGCAUACGCUGGACACUCAUACGCCGCCCCAGCUGCAUACGCUGCACACUCUUACGCCGCCCCAGCUGCAUACGCUAGCCACUCAUACGCCGCCCCAGCUGCAUACGCUGCACACUCUUACGCCGCCCCAGCUGCAUACGCUAGCCACUCAUACGCCGCCCCUGCUGCAUACGCUGGACACUCGUACGCUGCCCCAGCUCACUCUUACGCUGCCCCAGCCGCAUACGCCGCACACUCUUACUCCGCCCCGGCUUACAAACCAGUUGCAUACAAGGCAUACUAAUAAUUUUCGUUUCAACAACUCAACAAAUUCAAUUUUUACAAUGAGCUGCAUUUUUUGUCAUAGAAAUCAGCUUUUUUGUUAUUCGAACAACUGAUCAUGUAUAAUUUAUUCAAUCGAUAAAUAUAUAAUAAAACAUUUGAAUUCUAA